AUGCUAAGCCUCAGCCUGAGCCUCUUGUGCUGCCCCGAGACGGCGGGAACCUCGACCUCUCUCCAACCACCCCACCGCAACAAGAAAAAAGAAACAUGCUGGCAGCCUGCUGAUAUGGCGACGCUGUCUCCAGACGUGCGCAAUUCCACCCUUCGCUCCCUCAAGCUGACCUGCCCCUCGGCUGAGGGCAUUGAUCGCGAACUACCCUCUGUCUCUACUACUCGCCAUCCCUCCUCGGUCUCCAUGGAGCAAAGAAAGCCCAAUCCGUUUGGGGAUGCGGAUGGGGAGUGGUCGGACGAAGAGGCGCUGCUCCCGAGGAACAGGAGAAAGAAGCAGUACAUUCCCCCACAUGUAAAGAUCACAGCAUCCGCCGAGACUUCUUCUGAGGAAUCGAGUUCCCCUGAACCCAGUCCAAUACGAAUUGCCACAAAGGGUGGCCCGAUUGUACCACCCAGAAGCCCUUCGCGGCCAGAGCCGACGAGGAAGGGGAGUAGUCACGAUGACCUGGUGCAGCGCUUCUACCAAGUCACAAAGGAGCGCGAUGCUCUACGCAAGGAGCUGCAGAAGAAGACCAUGGGUCCAAAUAGCAUACCCGCGACCCAUCCGGGCGUGUUCAAGUCAGAGGAGAAGACGCUGAUCGAAGAGUUACACGCACUACGGCAUGAGAUACGAAUCUGGAGUGAAGAAUACUUUAGUGGGCCUCUUGGGUCUCGUGGCAAGAGGCCGCACAUCCACCGGGCCAAGGAGCUGUUUGGGUGCAUCACCGACAAUUACCACGUCUAUCUGAUGCACCCGGAAGAUAGACCGCUCCUCAUACAAGCUUAUGUCUGGACGAGGCUACAACAGAAAAUCUUCAACAACUGGCACAAGGGCGCUGGGUACGUCUGGGCUGGCAAAUUAGGCGACAAGGCUCUGCGCGACAUCAAUGAUACCCUGCGAAAAGCCGUGAAGAAUGAAGCCGAGGCUGAAGAAUACCAUUAUUGGCGCUCUCUGACUGUAAACCUCCUUGUGCCACAGGUUGAUGGGAAAUGGCGGCCUACCUUUGAUGCAACACCCGUCCUAAAACGCAUAACGCGAUUCUGCCAACGAAUACGACGUAAACUGCGACCUUGGUCCACACGGUCCCUUCGAACAGGCCUAGAGCAGUUGCACACUAUCGUCUCUGCAUCGGUAGCUUUGGAUCUGAAGAUGAAGCGUCAACUGGCCGAUUACCGAUUCGUUACGUUCACCGGCGGGAAAAAAGACCAGUACUGGGGCUAUGGCUUCUACGACAGUGAAAUGGAAGACGUCUACGAAGACGACGAAGACAGUGAUGAAGACGGCGCAUACGGUGCCCCAGGUGGCGCAAGAGGCAGACGAGUCGAACUGGCGCUUGCUCCUGCGCUGGAACGAUGUGGCAACGCAAACGGGCAUGUGUUUGAUCAGAGCUUCAUCCUCGUCAAGGCAGAUGUCAGCUGUAAGAGGCUAGAGAGGCCUCAAAGGCCGCAGAAACGGCCCAAAGGCGGGAGAGGGGCGAAUCGGUUUGGGGGGAUGUGGAACCGAGACGGGUAG